AGUCUCGAUGGGGACGGCCACCGUGUAGCACGCGAUUUGUAGUGCCGAUUUGAAAUUUGUUUCAGUACUUUGCGCGCAAGAAUUCUAGUCUGGACACGAUGUUCCGAUUAAAAUAAUGAUGAAUUAUUAUUCUCAACGACAUAAGUUGCUCCCGUUCGCUUUGUUAGCUUCUAACAGAGAUGUAAUCGAAAAUUUUCUCAAAUAAGUAUGUAACAUUAUCGUGAUGACAGUGAUGAAAAGAAUUUACUAUAGUGCGUUAAUUUGAAAAAAAAAAAGAAAAAAGUAAAGAAUUAUAAUGAGGGAGUAUUCAACAUACUUACUUUGACUGAACUGGACGAAUGGAAAAAUGUCGGAAGACGAAAGCUAUGGGUUUUGCUCGGAAAGUGCAACCGCUUUUCAGCGGGUCUAUAUCCAAGCUCACGGCUACAUCGCCCUUAUCAUUUGUCUUCUCGGUUCCGCAGCCAAUUCUGUUAAUAUCGCUGUACUUAGCCGGAAAGAGAUGACUUCGUGCACUAAUUCGAUCCUCACCGGGCUCGCCGUUGCAGAUCUCUUAGUUAUGAUCGACUAUAUACCUUUAGCCCUCCACCUGUACACGAAAAUUGGUUCAGAAUUAAAUCAAAAUUCUUACGGGUGGGCCGUGUUCAUAUAUUUCCACUCAAUAUUCAGCCAGACCUUUCACACAAUAUCCAUCUGGCUAACAAUAAUGCUCGCAGUUUGGAGAUACAUAGCUAUUAAGUUUCCACAAAAGAACCAAACGCUGUGUAACAAGAGGAACACGACAUUGGCCAUAAUCCUCGCGUAUGCUGUAUGUCCAGUAUUGUGCUUGCCUAUUUAUUUCGCAAUGAAUAUAAAGGAACGUCUCCCAUCAGAUACUUCUAACGGCACGAACGUCACACUAAACUAUACAAGUGCUGCAAAUGUAUCAGAUCCGAAACAAUUUAUCAUAGAGAUGACGAACAAUAACGAUUUACUAACUGCCAUAUUCUGGAUUUAUAGUGUGUUCAUAAAACUAAUACCAUGUGUGGUUUUAUCUAUUUUGAGUGUGUUGUUGAUCAUGAAGAUGAAAUCGAGCGAUCGAAGACGACAAAAACUAUUAAAAAAAUCAGCCAUAACCACUACUGAGGGUGAGAAGGCGCGACUCAACGAUGACGGGAAGAAAGGGGGAGGACGCACAGAUCGAACGACCAGGAUGCUAGUAGCACUCCUGGGACUUUUUCUCGCGACAGAACUUCCGCAGGCGUUAUUUGGCUUACUGACUGCUAUAGCGCCACAUCUCUUCCUAAUUUGCUACUACGCUUUUGGUGAAGUAAUGGAUCUGAUGGCGCUUGUGGGGUCGGCAGUGAAUUUCGUUUUGUACUGCAGCAUGAGCCGACAAUUCCGGACCACGUUCACGAGACUGGCGCGAAAGGUCCUGCCACUUCCACAAAGGCAGAGGGAGAGGGAGCCACUGACAACAGUCACUGUUUCGUAGCGAAAGGCUGUGGCCAAAUCUAUGGCCUCAGUGACACAGCUCUAAAUAGAACGAUAAUAAGCAUGUCGAAAUAUUGAGAUUUCGUUUAGAGAAAUUUUAAAAGAAAAUUGUACAUUACUUUGGAAUAUUAGACCAAAACUUCGUGUAAGUUUAUGUUAAGAUAUAAAGUCUCAGCCCUUGUGGUCAUAAAAUUGUUAUUAAGUAACUGGGUGAGUAUUCGUAACUUAAUUUACUGGUGUAUUGUGAUAAUAAUUGGUAUUUUGAUUUAUUUGUGUAAUAAAAACAACCACGAUAUAUAUUUACGGAUUUUUUAAUAAGCAAUAAAUUUCAGAUUUUUUUUAGAAAACAGAUUCAAUCCUUUUGUUACACUCCAUCCAUUCGAUUGUCACAGCUUAUCAUUUAUACAACGUAACGCCCGUUAUCUGUUUGUAUUAUAUUUUGGAGAGAGUAAAAGUUUCUAUGGUGAUUUAUGAUAUCGUAAAUAAAAUAUAUUUUUGCAUUCGAAAAUUUUUAGAAUGUUUAGCUGUUUGUCAAUGUUAGCUACGGACAUAGGCUAUUAAUUUGGAUCUCAGAUCUCUUCGAGCGCUUUGAGUACUGUAUUUCCUUGCCAUUGAAGCUUUUUUAUGUGUUUUCUUUUGAAAUAAUAUGUUACUGGAUGAUAUCAUGUUUUUAAAAAUACUAAAUCAAGAAAAACGAAAUUUAUUGAAUUCGAAUUUACAUUUUGAAUGUAAAAGACGAAGCCAAUUCGUUGGUGCUAUAAACUCGUAGGUACGUGCAUGCUAUUGUACGUAAUAUUAUGUUUAAACUAAUAAUGGCUGAGUGUAUCUCAAGUAAAAAUAUAUCACUAUGUUAUAAAAUCACUCGACUUGAACAAGAAGCAUUGUCAUUCUAGUCACGUUCUUGGAUUUUUAAGUAUAUUCUAAAACCGUACGAAAAUAAUAUAAUUAAUAUUGCACUAACCAACCAAAGCCUCCGUUAAAUAUUAAUAUUCCUUUAUUAAUUUUAUAAUCAUAAAAUCGAUUUGCUAUAAAUUUUAUUUCGUCGAAAAUAUAUAUUUAAUACAUAAAAAUCUUAUUGUUCCAGCCAGCGUUAAGUAUCUACUUUAAAUAAUAUAUAUUUUUAGCGUUAAGGAAACAUACGGAUAUAUUAUUAGUAAUAUGAUAUAUACAUAAGUACAGUAAUCUUUGUUGGUAGAUUAUGUGUAUAGGCGAAUGAUUUAGUUGUAAAAUUAUUUUAUUAUUGUAUAUAUGCGGGUACAUAUCUAUGAGAGACGAUUAGUGAAAUUUGAUAGUAGUAGUAUCUAGCACGAAAUUAAUUGUAACUAUGAUAUAUAUGUCCACUACUAUGAUUUGCCCAAGAAAGUAAUUAAAUAGCUUUUGCUUGUAUGUUUUUUAUUUGUAGCAGGAGUACGAUAAAGCCCUUAAUGGACUUCAAAGUGGAUGGUGGUAUUCAGGUUGUGAUAUCUCUGGGUUUCGAUGGCCGCAUAUCUAGUAAACCGGAAAUCAUUGUAACACAUAUAGGAGCAAGUGAGCUCACGACCCUUCUGGUGUUAAGUGUUUACCGGUGCCCAUUGGCAUCACAAUAAGAAUGCCGUCAUCCACCUUGAAAUAAUAGGCCUAAGUCUCAACUAGAUAUAUUGUAUAAUAGCUAUCCCAUCCAAUUUUGGAGUAAAUGUUUAUGGUUUAGUAAAAAUAAAAUCAUGAUACCCUGUGUAGCUUAUAAGCUAUAUAUCGGUCGUCAGGUAAUUUAAUCACAUUUUUAAUAAAAAACACAUUUUCUUUAUCCUAAGGCUCCAUCUCUCAUAAUGCUUCAUCGUUUACGGGACGAAGUAGCGUGAUGGAGUGCUUAUGACAUUAUUUUUAGAAAAAUUGGAUGUCAGUAUUCUUUUGAUAAAGUCAUCGAGCCAGUCAACGUUCGCGCUGUCGUAUGCCUUUUGUACAGUUUCUAUUUAAGUGAGAAGAAUUUUAUAAAAUAAGAUUGUCCAUAACAGGCUCUCACAGUCCGCCAAGAAUUGUUUAUCUAAUAUAUAUUUCACACACUCUGCCCUCAGCUAGAUAAUAUGGCAAAUAUUGCGGAUUAUUAAUUAAUAUUAUGUAUUUUAAAGGGUUAAAUUUUUGUAGACAGUAUGUACCAUAAAUAAUUAACUUGUUACAGGUGCACCAAUUAAUUAAUCAGAGGCGUUAGUUUUCAUUGUUCUCGAGUUAACGCGCAGAUCUAGUUUCUGUUGAGUUAAUUGGUUUUACUGCAGCAAUAUAAUUGAACUGAAUACAACUAGAUAUACUGAGUGGUACGUGUUUUAUACAGAAAUAGUUAAGUCACACUUCGCCAACGCUAAAUUCCGAAAUUUAUUUGGCGGAACUAUCGCCAAAAUCCAAAAUCUCGAUCGCCCAUUAUUGGUAUACUAUUGAAAACCUGCAAUGCCAAAAGAACUGAACAAAGUUUCAAUCUAAUCUAAUAAAUGACGCACGAUCUAUAGAAUACGAACGACAAAAACUUCAAAAUGUUUAUUGUAAAGAGAACACGAUUUCUCAAUAUUGAGCGAUAUCAGUUUUGAUAGUAUUUAUUUAUUUAAUUUUCUACUGUGUUCUGCGUGAUAGCAUAAUAAUAUAUUAUUUGUGGAUGUUCUGCAAUGCUUAUCACAGUGUUUUACUUUAAGCUGACUUAACGUUAAAUGUAGUAAAAUACACUUAAUAGCUAUUUCUCAUUUAUAUUGUUAAAUAUGAUACUAUCAUAAUUAAAUAGUCCAGAUGGUGUACAUUACAUUUUGUUAUAUUUAGUGUAAGUGCACAAAUGUUAACUGUUAGUGUUGGUAAUUUAAUAUGAUCGACGACAGACAGAUCUCUUGUUUUUUUGAAUUAUGUAAGUGAAUGUCAUGUUAAUGUUAUUCAAUGGUAGAUUUGUAGAAAAUUCGGAAAAUAAUGUAUACUGUGUACGUUAUUAAAUGUGUUUUUAUAAAUAAAUAAAUAAAUGAU